AUGACAUCUACAGAUGUGAAGGACGUGAAAUAUGUGAUAAAUUAUGAUUUCCAGGGUUCCUUGGAAGAUUAUGUUCAUAGGAUUGGGAGAACAGGAAUAGUCGGGGCUAAAGGGACAGCAUACACUUUCUUUACAGCAACAAAUGCUCGGUUUGCUAAGGAACUUAUUGCCAUACUUCAGGAGGCCGGUCAGAAAGUCAACCCUAAUUUAGCGGCAAUAGGGCGAGGUGCACCUCCUCCACCCUCAGCUUAUUCCAUGUGGCGGUGGACAAUACUGAGACAACUUGAUGUAUAUCGAAUAUGUACUUUGAUGGAACUUGUUCGUGUUCUUGCUCUAUCAUUUUCAAAUGAUGGAAAAUGUGUUAAGGUUUUUGAUCAAGGAUCCAUGGGAGAAGGAGCACUUGCAGGAAUGCCAUUACAGCUAGCUUGCAGGAACAAGAAAGAUUUAUGA